UGACACAAGGAUUACAGUCGGUACCUCUGCUGUGAGCGCUCCUCAAGGUGCGUCUUGAUCCAAGAAGAAACUCUCCUGUCGUUUACUGAACGGCUCGUUGUUUCCAAGCAGCUCCUGUCUCAGUAGAAACACUGAUGUACGCCACUGCUGCGUCUCAGACAGCCGCUCCAAGUCACUUCAAAGUCUUCUAUGAAUCCCUAAACUGCGAAGAAACUGCGUUAUGUCAACUUUUAUGGAAAUAAGUGAUUAACCGAGAGCUUCUGACUUUUUCGGCAUUGAUCGGGAUCAAAAAGGCUGCAGUGGAGUCGAGGGUUCCCAGUGCUGUGUGGGAUGUUAACGGACUGGUGGCGCGUUGAGGCUGAAGGAGCAUGGUGAAACACCAACCCUUACAGGUCUAUGAGAAGCAGGUCUUUGUGUCCUUUGUCACUGGGAUCUAUGGUUGCCGCUGGAAACGCUAUCAGCGUUCCCAAGACGACACCUCUGGGUGGGAGUGCACAUGGUUCCUCAUCUUGUGCAGUUCUUUCCUUCUACUUCUCUUUUGGGCCUACUUCUGGUUGGUGGCUCAAAAUGAUUUCAACGACUUCAACUGGCUGGUGUUCAACCGCUCUGGAGAAUGGAGGGAUGAGACGAUCCCCAUCAUCACAUGCACCACCGUGGGCUUCAGCUACAUCACAUUCUUAUUGAUUUUAGCACUUUUCCAUGUAUCGCUGGGCCAGCAGCUGAAUCUGUACUGGGUUCACAAGAUCGGAGUGUUGGCUACGCUGCUCACCACCAUCUCUGGCGUCGUCUCUGUUGAUGACAUAUGGAGAGAUGAAUGGGACAUCCUGCUUGUUUCACUGCAGUCCACAGCACCUUUCCUGCACAUUGGAGCCCUGGCAACAGUCACAGCCAUGAGCUGGUUGGUAGCUGGGUAUGUUGUCCGCAAAGAGAGAUCCAAUAUCCAGGUGAUGGUGUUGCUGAUCUACAUUAUAAUCCUUGUGGCUGUCUGUUUGGCUCCGCUCACAUUCACCUGCCCUUGCAUCAUGGAUCGUCACAGCCUCAAACAGCGACCAGACAUCAUUGGCCGACGGGGAGCUCCUAUGCUGGCUCCAGAGAACACCAUGGUGUCCUUUAACAGAGCCCUGCAGCAUGGAGCCAGCUCCCUGGAGGCUGACGUCACCAUCAGUGUGGAUGGGGUUCCCUUCCUCAUGAGAGACAACACUUUGAGGCGGACCACAGAUGUCAGAAAGGUCUUUCCAGCCAGACAGUAUGAAGAUGCCUCCUUCUUCAACUGGACAGAGAUACGCUCUCUAAAUGCAGGCCAGUGGUUUUUGGAGACUGACCCCUACUGGACAGUGAAAACCCUGACGGGAAAGGAUCGCAGCAGAAUAGGCAACCAGACGGUCUGCAGUCUGGUGGAGAUGCUUCGUCUGGCAUCCAGGGCCAACAGCUCUGCACUGCUCAACAUCCGCAAGCCUCCACCGGAGCACCCACGCUACCGAAGCUGGUUCAUGGACACGCUGUGGGCUGUGCAGAAAGCAGGGAUUUCCCAGAAGAGGGUGAGGACUGUGACGUGGACCCCCGACACGGACCGGGGGAGGGUGCGAGGGCUCAAACAGACCGCAAGUGAGAAGCUGUCAGUGGAAGAGAUAAGACAGAGAGGAAUUACAAGCCUGACGCUCCACUACAGCAAGGCCAGCCACAAAGACAUACAGGAGUAUCUGGCCAAUAAUGUGAGUGUGACUGUCUACCCAGUGAAUGAGCCCUGGCUCUACUCCAUUCUGUGGUGUAGCGGGGUGCCUUCUGUGUCCUCUGAUGCCCCCCAAGUCCUCCGAAAGGUGCCUUACCCCAUCUGGCUCAUGAGCCGGAACGCUUACAGCUUCAUCUGGAUCACUUCAGAUCUAGUCUCCCUCGCCAUAGUCAUAGGGAUUUUCUGCUUCCAGAACUAUCAUAUGAUCAGAUGGAGGAUAAGUGGGAUGCAGAACUAUAACCCAGAACAGAUCAUGCUGAGUGCAGUGACGCGACGAUCCAGUCGGGAAGUUAACAUUAUGAAGGAGAAGCUCAUAUUCUCAGAACUGAACAAUGGGCUCAGCAGUACAGAUGAGCUUUCUCUGUAUCCAGACAAUGGUUAUGCGAGAUACUCUCAUGGAGGCCUCAGUCGCUGAACAAAUCCGCACAACAACCACAGCUGCACAAUCCUGGAAGUUAGUGUGACCUCAGAGCUCAGAUCUAGAUUUAACACUGUUUUAUUGCCAGAAAAAAACGGCAGCAGGACACUGAUCUAUUAGGCAACUUAGUAAAGCCGAGUGGAUAGAUGUCUGACAGUUGAACUUUCUACUGUAUGGCCUAUUGCUUUAUCUGUUUUUUAAUGAAAUGCUCAAACAUAUUUGUCCACUUUCUUCAGCAGUCUUUCAUCAUGCAACACUUCAAAGGCAGUGUUUUUAAUAUCCCAUAUUUUCCCGUGGUUUUGUGUGGUCACAUUUCUCUAACGUAGUUCACUAUGUACACUGCUGUAAGGAAUCACUGUUCUUGCUUGUUACAAAGUAAUAGAAGUCGAGUAGAACAUCAAAACCAUCACUUGAAACAUGUGGCUGUGUGUGCCUGUGGUGUCAUCACUUCAGGGGUCAUAUUGAGAUCCACAUGAAACAGUCGUCUCUGUGACAUUCUUGCAUUUAACGUUGUUAUUACAAGGUCAUGUGUGUGGUUACUGGGCCAAAACAUGUUUUAUUUGAGCUAAUAAAGCCGUACCGUUGCAUUUGUCCAUGUCACUUACUUCACUGUUGUUUUAUAACAGAGGAAACGGGCUGUGGAGAGCUCUUUAUUAUAAAUUGAUGUAAAUAUGAGUUAUUUUCCAUGGUUGUAUUUUUCCCCUCUGAGAGCAUUUUCAGCGGUUUGGACAUAUGACUUGUGUAUUUUAUGUUUGCAUUUAUUAUUGUUACGUCCUCUUUUCAGUGUGACAGAUUAGGGCACAAAUGAAAACCUUUCUUGCAGUAUAAUGAGGUGUUUUGGAGGUUUGUGAGUAUAUUACUGUGAGUGUUCUCAUCGUUUUUUCUGCCUCUCUUCUGUCAUGCCAUGAUUGUUUUACUUGAUAGUCAUUUUAGCUAUUAAAACUUUCACAUGGCUGCCUUUUCAUAAAAUCGAUGAAGUUGUAGAAUGUUGUAAAAUAUUUUUGUCUUUUAGUUACUAAUAGUUCUAAUAAUUUCAUUACAAUACACUUUUAGCUUCAGAUACGUUAACUGUUCAAUAAAAAUGAUCUUUUCUUCUUGAAAAAUGUUGUUCUUUGUUCUGUGGUUCUCCAAGAUUAUCAAGCUUUAGGACAUGUUUUGUAAUUUUUUAAAAAACAUUUACAGGCAAACCAGUUUUUAAAAAUUAAUUGAUUGCGUAUUACACAUUAAAAUAAUUAUUUAUUAUUUUUGAAAUGUUCUGACGUAUUGUCCACUUGUUGUCAUAGUUAUUGUGACGCCGUGCCGCUAUCUCAGUGAUACAGAAAUCUUUAACUAAUCCAUGGAUCCAGACUAUAAACCACAUCACUGCCAAAAUCUA